AGGCCCUCCAUCUCUGGAGUGCUGGGAUUAUAGCCAUGUAGCACCAGGCCCCACUUUUUUGUUUUUAUUUGUUGAAGAUGGGGUCUCAGUCUGUAGCCAGCUUGGCGUCACUUUUGACUAAGUCUCCCAAUAGCUGGGUGAUAUGCCUGUGCCACCGUGUCCAACUAGCCCUACACAGACGGGCUUUGAGCUGUAGUCCAGAGUGGGAUGGCCAUCGGCCCUGAGUGGCGUAGGACACAAGGGUCUGUCUCCAGCCAAGCUUGAAGCUACUGUGACCGCAGGGUUGGGCAGUAGGUCUGGGAGGCACAGCGGCCAACGGCUCCUGGCUGGCUAGUGUGCUUGACACAGAGCUACAGGCAGGCCCCUCCCAGUCCCCAGAGCCACAGCGCCUAGCAACAGCUCUGCCAGGCAGGACGCACAGACCUCCCUGGAGCCUGUUCCACAGGCAGGACUCAAGGACACAGGCAGGCCAGCCGUUCACUUGCACCCACAAUGGACGCCGUGGACGCCACCAUGGAGAGGCUGAGGGCCCAGUGCCUAUCCCGAGGGGCCUCGGGCAUCCAGGGCCUGGCCAGGUUUUUCCGCCGCCUGGACAAGGAUGGCAGCCAGUCUCUGGAUGCAGGGGAGCUGAGGCAGGGCCUGGCACAGCUGGGGCUGGAGGUGGAGGAGGCAGAGGCAGAGGCUCUGUGCAGGCGCUGGGACCGAGAUGGCAACCGGACACUGGAGCUGGAAGAGUUCCUUCGGGCACUCCGGCCCCCCAUGUCCCAGGCCCGGGAGGCUGUCAUUGCAGCUGCCUUUGCCAAGCUGGACCAGACUGGGGAUGGUGUGGUGACCGUGGAGGACCUGCGAGGGGUGUUCAGUGGCCGGGCUCACCCCAAGGUACGCAGUGGAGAGUGGACGGAAGAUGAGGCCCUUCGCCAAUUCCUCGGCAACUUUGACACACUCGAGAAGGAUGGGCAGGUCACGCUGGCCGAGUUCCGAGACUACUACAGUGGGCUCAGUGCCUCCGUGGAUACAGACGCAGAAUUUGUGGCCAUGGUGAGCAGCGCCUGGCGCCUCUGACAUGGCAGCCCUCACUUGCCCGACAGCUGCCUUUAGCCUAGUCCCUUCACCUACCUGGACCCUGUCACCACUGUCCCAGGGGCCCCAACUAGACACAGGGAGGGGGAUGUGUGAGAACGGAGGCUGAAGAA